AUGGCUUUCAGCGGAGGUAGCACGCCCGAGGCCCGGCAUCCGAUCCUUAUCACCGAAAGCUGCGACUUGCUCAUGCAUUCGCUGAAGCUCACCGCCGUACAGCGCUUCGUCGAGGAUCGGCUCGGAGGCAACCACCUACAUACACCCGUCUACCCCAUCCGCGUGGUCGCAAGCUGGGACAAUUGUGACGGGUCGAUGCUUCAUCAUACUGAUAGACCUCUGCGCAGGGAGUCCAUCUCCGAACCCAGCCGCAAACCCGUUUUCGGCGUUCAGUCAGCGGUCAAUCCUUUUGGCCAACCACCCGCUUUUGGAGCCCCCGCUGCGCAAGCUUCCAAUGUAUUUGGCCAGACCUCAACGACAUCUACAACUCAGUCAUCACCAUUUGGGACACAGCAGAGCAAUGCGCAGCCAUCGCCAUUCGGAGCUGCACCGGCUGCCAACAAUGGUACAGGUUUUGGAGGAGCAUCAACCGGAUUCGGCUCAAAUGGCUUCGGAUCAAAUGGCUUCGGAUCAACUGGGUUUGCAUCCAGUAAUGCAGGAUCGAAUGGAUUUGGCUCUACCAGCCAAAACGGUUUCGGCAGCUCGGGCAAUCAGGCACAACCAGCUUCAGGCGGCUUUGGAGCACCAACACGAUCUGCCUCUCCUUUUCAACCAUCGACCAGCACAACCAACGGCGCGUCACCUAAUCCUUUCGGCUCAACAGCUGGCGUAAAUCCUGGAUUUGGAGGUGGAACUGGUUUUGGAAGUACUUUGAAACCUUUUGGCGCAUCCGCAGGGAACCCAAGUGCCUUUGGUUCAAGAAGCAGCACACCCGGCGGCUUUGGAAAUGGAUCUGGAAACGGCACAAGGGGCAGGCAGAAUGGGUUUAAGAAAUCAAAACCAAACUUGACAGAGACCCUUGAAGCGAAGGGGAGUUAUGUUGUGCCUGGCAGCAACGGCGACUAUCAAGUGACCAGAAACAAACCUCCAGGAGCCAAUUCUGGUGCGUGGGAACAACAAAAAGAUGCUCAUCACAAUCCUUUCAAGGCUCUUAGUGAGAGACAAGCGGACCCUGCAGCUGCUAUAGCCAGUAAGGGCAAGUCUGCACGGUUCACUGCUGCUGCUCCAGUUGCUACUCUUGAUGAGUUCUCUACUGCGGUCAAUAGCCAACUCAAGAAGGACAGAGUUAAGGAUAUGACUUUGCCCAACGACUUCUUUGAACCGGCACAAAGACACAAAGCUCAGGCGUUCAGGGAGGCGCAUCUCGAGGCUCACAAGAACAAAGUUCGGGAGUCACUUGAGAAAGGUGACCUCUUGGAUGUCUACGAAAAGCAGAUCAAUCUGGAGGACGCUAUCGACUUCCGUGGAACUUGUGAGGAGAUGUGUCCUCUAUAUGAGAUUAUUAUAAGAGUGGCUGAAGGGAUUUCUCAGCUAGAGGAGAAGGAAGAGGGGCCGGAUGGCACACUCCGCCCCUGUCUCGAGAAGUUCGUGAAGCGACACGCGCGCUCCUCGGCUGGUGACAAACCGCCACUCCCUAGUGAAGUUCGUACACUUGGGGCGCUCAAAAGAACCACGAACUAUCUGCUAAACAACAUUCUGCAAGGCGAGCAUAACCUCAAAGACCGACAUGCUUUCCUUUGGGACCGACUUCGCGCUGUGCGAAGGGAUUUCAUCUUUUACACUAGGAUGAGACCGGAAGAGACUCUUGUUAUGGUGGAUAUUCUGGAGACGAUUGCUCGGUUUCAUGCAGUCUCUCACCAUCUCUUGGCCAAGAAAGACGCUGCAAAUGCAGAAUAUUCGGCAAAGCAAGAGCAGGAAGCGUUCCAGAAGACACUCAUUUCCCUCAAGCAAGCCUACAUGGAUUUGAACAAGCAAGGAAUCAAGUGCGACAACGAGCCCGAGUUCAUGGCGUACUGGAUCGUUUUCUUUGCAGAUGAUCCUUCGACCAUCCGCAGGCUGGAUAACGAGAUGUUGCAAAAGAACUGGUCCAAAUCUAGCCAGGUGCAAACAGCCGUCUCACUAGUCCAUGCAAGGCUGAAUUUCAGGACGCCUUUGCAGAAAGGACAGAAAACCCCUCGUCAGAAGCCAUAUGAAUACUUUCCCAGCUUGGCAAUCGGCGAGGGAACUGCCUAUUUUGACAUCGUGGCUGAUCCGUCGGUAUCGUACACGAUGGCUUGUGUUGCCGAGAUGAGCUUCACUAUGAUCAGGGACAGGCUAUUGAACAGCAUGAUUCAGGCUUGUGCGAGAAGUCGGGACUCGCCAAAAGACAUCACGCCUGUAGUGCUACAAGAGUUGUUGAGGUUUGAUACCGAAGAAGAGGCUGUAGAGUUUGUAGAGGGUCGAGGCCUCAACUUCUCAGACGACGGAAGCUAUCUCGUGUUGACAGACAAGACCCAACGAGUGAUGGAAACCGCGGCACCGACAUUUUCACGUAAUAUAGUCGAAAGAAAGCGCUGCAAUCGGCCCCUGCUGGAGGUCAUUCGUAAUAAUGUCUACGAAGUUGAGACUCCGCCAGACGCAGUCGAGACAAGGCAUCCAGAUAGCCCCGAGGGCAUGUUCGUGGAAGACUUUCCAAGUUCAAGAACACAAAGUCCUAUAAAAGCGGCCGUCCCACCAGUAUCAACAAAUCCAUUCGCCACCCAACAACAAAAAGCUACUACCGCUUCAUCGUUCGGCAGCUUUUCAAAACCGGCUACCCUCACGCCACUCUUUGGUGCACCUACUCCCUCCACUCAGCCGCCGCCCCCCAAGGGCUCUCACCACAUGGGGAUAGAGAGCUCGUACACGAAGGAAAACCCUUUUGCGUUUCUCAAUGGGAAGAAGGAGACGGAUUUGAACAAGGCCUCUCCUCAACCGUCCUUGUUUGCACCAAAACCGACCCCCCAGCCAAAGGCACCAGAAGUUGCGCCAAGUGCAGCACCACCAGCAUUUCAAGUUCCAUCUACGAAACCCCAAGCACAGCCGGUAUCUGCUUUGCCUCAACCUGGCCUGCCCUCGGCGGUUGGUUUAGGUUCAACAACAUCCAAUGUAGCUCCCCAAGCGCCUUUGUUUUCUAAACCUGCUGAAAAGGUCCCUACACCUGUGCCUGCAAAUUCUACACCUGCUAUCCCUUCUGCGGCCAGCUCAGCACCGCCUACCACUGCCGGAACACCAAGUUUUGGGCUUGGCCAACGAGUAACCCAACAGCAACUUCCAGGGAGUGCACCUGUCUCCGGUAUUCAGGAGAGGAUCGCGUCCUUAACAGAGAAGAACGGGUUGAAAAGUUCAGGGGUUCCACCUGAUAGCAUGGCAUCACCAUCAUCUCAAUUCUCUAUCAAACCGACGCCGCCUUCAUCUUCUCCAUCGGUGCCCAAAGUGAAACCCAUCGAGGCGCUGACGAAAUGGUAUGUGCUUGGGGACAAGGGUAUGCUCGAGGAAUUCAGAGAGAGCUACAUCGCCCAUCUUGUUGGUGAGGUAUUCCAGAAGCAUCAAGAGGAGGAACGGGAAAGGCUCCGGAAAGAGGAGGAUGAGAAGUCAUGGGAGGAGGCGAGAAAGUGGAGGACAUACAAUCUAGGGUUGAAGUUUUUCUACAGGUGGCGUGAUAUUGCAAGAGAUCGGGCACUCAGUCGGAGGGCGAGGGAAGGAAAGGAGGCGAUGAAGGCAUAUAGGGAAUCACAGUUGGCUAAAGCCAGGGAGGAAAGAGAGGCAACGGAGAGGAAGAAACGAAAGGAGGAUGCGAUGCGGGCGAGUCAAAGGGAAAACGCUACUAGCAGCUUUUUGGAUGACUUUCGGGCGCGACAAAGUCAAAGAAAAAGCUCGCUGGCUAGCAUGGAGGGCUUCAGGGGCCGGGAAAGCCGCCGCAACAGCUCACUGAACAGCGUGGAGGCAGAGCUUCUCGCUACUGGGGUGUUUAACGGGGUUCGCAGCGACAGGCUGGCUUCAUCGGGAGCGAUUCGGGAUGAAGCGAGCGACACCGACUCGGUUGCCGAAGCCCUUCUUGGACCCAGACCCACCAACACCACCAGCUCGACUGAGACUCACCCGGACAACAAAAGAUCGAAUAUGCUACGGAACUGGCGAGAAAGCCUCUCGAGGUCAGCGUCACGGGUCAAGGAAGGUGCCAUGGCCGUCUUUUCUUCAAGUGCAAGGGAAUCCAUAAGACGGGGCAGUAAUGAUAUGGACGACGACCAGAGAAGUCAAGUAUCGGUACCCCUGUCCCGUACUUCCAGCCUGAGCCGCUCACUGCGAUCCAAGGCCAGAGUUACCAACUUCUCGGGCGUUACCAAGAAGCGAGCGGCAUCACCGGCCGGAAGCCUCGACCAAAGGCUGAAGGUACCGCGGAGUAGCGGACUCAAGACAAGCCACUUCAGACUUCGCGCCAUGGGAAUGGUUCACAUGCCAAACGGACAGUACCUCCACGAAUCGAUCGCCAAGCCAAUGCUUGAAGGCAAGCGGUUCCACGGCAUAGGCGACUACGGGCUACCUGCCGUUGAGGGCGGUGACAAGCUCGAACUGCCCGAUCAGGACAGUGAUUUGCCAGCGGAGCAACACCAACGACGGUAUUUUCCCCAUCACCAAUCGAGGCUUUCGACCUCUUCGCUCAACAGGUUCGUAACCUCGCCGCCGUCGACAUACAAGCGCAAGAUUUCAGACCUCGAUGGGGCCGGCAGCAGGGAUGCCGAUGCACGUUCGGUGCAGAGCCUGGACAUUGGCAUCUCCUCAGGAGGCAAGAAACAGCGUAUGAGCGGGGAAGUAGCGACGAGGAGUGGAGGGUUCGACCUGGCCGAGACGGAGCGCAUCAUCCGCGAGAUGCGCCAGACGGCGGCGCAGAUGGAGGAGGGCGAGGCUUGGUACCGCGAGCAGAGCGCUGCAUUUGGGAGGGGGGAGAGUCCCUGGGCCAACUAG